CGCGACGGGGCUGCGUCCGCGCUGCGGGAUGGGGGGCGGCAGUGGCGAUGGUGAUGCCGGUGGGGCCGCGUGCGGCCUGUGGCAGUGGGCGGCGGGCCCGCAGGAGCAGCGCCUGCUGGAGUUGUUCUCCUAUGGGCUGGUGGCGCUGGGUGCCGUCUCCGCGCUGCUGCUGCACUUCAUCCCCAUGCCUUACGGGCGCUACUCGUCGCGGCGGUUCGGCUGGCUGCUGCCCGCCCGCCCCGCCUGGGCGCUGCAGGAGCUGCCCUCGCUCCUUGUCCCGCUCUGGCUCUGUGCCUGCGGCGGGGACGCGCUGGCCGCCUGGGCCAACAGGCUGCUGCUGGGCUGCUUCCUCCUGCACUACGCGCACAGGGCGCUCAUAUUUCCUCUUCUGAUUCGGGCAGGAAAACCAACACCGUUUUUCACUUUUGUGUUAGCGUUUCUGUUCUGUGCUUACAAUGGAUACUUGCAAGGCCGAAGCUUAAGCAACUAUGCAAAAUACCCUUCAGGCUGGUUAAGAGAUCCAUGUUUCAUUACAGGUAUUUUAGGGUGGCUAAUUGGCAUGGCAAUCAAUAUACAUUCUGAUCAUAUUCUCAGAAAUCUGAGAAAACCUGGGGAAACUGGUUACAAGAUACCAAGAGGAGGGAUGUUUGAGUAUGUCAGUGGAGCCAACUUUUUUGGAGAGAUCCUGGAAUGGUUUGGGUUUGCCCUUGCUUGCUGCACCAUUGAAAGCCUUUCGUUUGCAUUGUGUACGCUUUUCAUCUUGGGUUCAAGGGCAAAACAACACCACCAAUGGUACCUUGAGAAAUUUGAAGAUUACCCAAAGGACAGAAAAAUUGUGAUCCCAUUUAUUUACUGAGCUGUGCUUCUAAUGCUCUUUUUUAAGUAGCUACUUAUUGUAACAGCUGACAUUUUACAGGUGUUGGCAGUUUAACAACAUGCUCUCAUCACUGUGACAAAGCCUUUGUAUCAGUGCUGCUAUUACCUCUGCUUUUCCUCUUGAUGAAUACCCAGAAUCUGAUGAGUGUGCAGAAUAGGAACUGAAUGCUUUUCCAACAGUGGAGCACCAUCAUAAAUACAUGAGGCAAUGCAUCUGAAUUCACAUCACGGGAAGUAUUGUACAGGAGUUCUGAUGCUUCCUUUUCUGCCUAUGCAGGCUUCUGCUGUUUCCACUUAAUCCUUUCUUCCUCCCACCUGCAUUUCCAGGAAACUGAUGAUGCGGACCAGAGAUAUUAGAUGAGUUGCUUUUAGGUGAGAUACAGUGUUCUUCCCCCUCUUUGUGCUGUGACGCAGAUAUGGACACUGUAGAGUUAAUACCACUUACAUAAAGAGCUAUAGUGCUAUCUUUCCCAAAUAGUACACCAAGAUUGUCAUCUACCUCUCAAAUUAUCUCAAUAUUCAAUGUGUUUUCUCUCAAUGCUAUUUUUAAAAGGCAUUCCUUACUUGGAGUACUUAGGCCAGCCAAGCACUGUUAACAAUGUUUUUUAACUUUACAAAAAAAAGUAAGUUUUAUUUUUUUUUUAAAUUCUCUUACUGUGCUGUUUGGGGCGGGGGUGGCAAGUGAGUGUAUUCCUUCUCCUAUUAAGUCUGGAUGAUUUUUGUUUUCAAAAAAUCUGGAAUCUUUUAGUAAUGCUUCUUUUAUUAAUAUCAGUCUCAUACCCCCUACAUUGUUUUUUACUGAAGAACUCCAGAAGUGUUUCCAAAACAUGAUGGUAUCCCAAGCAUAUGGACUUCUAAGUUCCGGGCACAUCUGUGCCCUUUAUGUGUCUAAGAAAUUCUUAGAAUUGCUGAAAAAAAACCCCAACAGUCCAAGAACCAAUCCAACAAUCAAAUAAUAAUAAUAGUUGCAAAGCAAAGAAAGCAAAAACCCUAAACAAACAAAAAAAUCAAGAUUAUUUCCCAUAAAACCCCAAAACUCUGCUAGCAUACUUUGGAAUUAAUAGAAAUCAAACUCUUUGCCAAGUGUCUUAUCUGUUUACACUGGAUCUGUUGGGUUAUGUUGGGUUAAUCAAACCAAAUUGGUAUUAUAAUUGGGCAGUUUCUGAGUUUUUUAGUAUGGUAUUGUCUAAAUCUUGAAAUCCUGUCUUUGCUAUUGAGUUACACUGCUGUUGUAAUCAAAGUAAUGUCUGUGAUGAACUAUACCUUUAAAAUUUUAGGUUUAAAAAAAGUACGUUCAGGAAAUGGACAGUGGAACAGGGCUUUGUGUCCUGAGCUUCUGCUUAAUAGUUGUUUCUUCCUCCUGUGCUUCCUGUCAUGUUUAUGUAGUACUUAUUGCACUGAAGUCUUGGCUGUCGUUAAGGAUUUAUUCAGUGGUAUCUGUAAGUGUAACAAAAUUCUAUAGUUACUGACUGAGAUAGUUGAAGGAGGGGAGAUAAACAGGUAGUCCUGCUGUGAUAACCUGCCUACAGCCAAGCCACUGGACUGCCAGUUGCUCUGCAUAAUGUUUACUUGGAUAACUGAUACUGCUGUCAGGCAAUAAUCAUUCCUUUGACGCUAGUGUCAGUGCUUGAUUCUCAAAUUGUUUAAUAGUUUCUUUAGUGUUUACAUCUCUUUCCUUAGUGUUUUACAGGAAAUUUGAGGCUUCCCCUGUUGCUUUUGUUAUCACACUGUAAAUUUAGCACUUUAUCCUAGCUGUUUUGAUGAACACUCAGUCAUGAAUUUCCCUGAGGAGAGGAUGACGGGGAGGAUGAUGCUGAAGUGGAGUUAGUAGACAAUAAAAGUUAAGUAGAAUCAAUUAAAGCAUAUUCUGAAGAAAAUUUUAGAAACCUAGUCUUGCAUAUUACGAUAGUUCUAAAUCCUGUCACAUCCUUCCAGCAGUUUUUUAAACCUUGGUAUCUAAAUCAUCCUGCUAUCAAAAUCUGGGAAAAAUUGGGGGAAAAAACACAGGACUCAGAGUGCUAUCUACUCUAGAUGUUUAAAUACUUGCAUAGUUUAUGGUGAAUUAAUAUCUUAUAUCUUUAGGGAUAUUUGUUAAAAUCACUAAUGAGGCAGCCAAACAAAAAAAAACAAACCUGGCUGCAGCACUUCAGACUGCAAUUGUACCACCUCAUUUUUAACUUCUAUGGACAGGCAAAGAUAUUUUUUUAAUAGUGAACAGUGAAAUAAACUGCUCUGUAUGUCUCCUUAUAUUGAAGAGCCGUAGCUUUCUAGUCAGUCUUUAUUACAGUUUACAGAGCACUUGCAUUGAUGCCUCAGUUUUGCUCUAGUUCUAUGCUGCUAAAUAUUUAUCUUGAUUAAAAGUUCAGCUGGUUUGCUCACAUGAGGUUAACUUGUUUUACCUAUAGCAGGAUGUGGAUCUUGAAACGUGAUGCUCUGCCAGCUUAUCUAUGCUCUUCCUCUUUUUAGAGAAAAGGAAAAGGUCUAAGGGAUGUGAAUAUGCUAGUGCAUUUAGAAAUUCUAGUUAAUUUGAUUAUAAAAAAAGGAAGGAAAAAUGGUUUUUUUCCUUUGUGUUAUGUUCUCAUUGUACUGCUGGAACCAUACUUAAGUAAAGUAUGGAAUUUCUUUGAGGCAAUUCAUUAGACAACAAGACUUUGAGGAGCUGAUGAGGGAAGAGGGGCUACUCUGUGGAAGAGGAGCCGGAGCAGAGACUUUACUCCUUUCUACAACUACCCAAAGGGAGGUUGUAGCGAGGUGGAUGUUGGUCUCUUCUCCCAAUUAACAAGCAAUAAAACAAGAGGAAAGAGCCUCAGCUUGAGCCAGGGAGGUUUAGGUUAGAUGUUAGGAACUAUUGCUUCAAUGUAAGGGUUGUUGAGCAUUAGAACAGGCUGCUAAGAGAAGUGGAGUCCUCAUCCCUGAAGGUAUUUAAAAAUGUGUGGAUCUGGUGCUUAGGGACAUGGUUUAGUGGUGGACUCAGCAGUGUUAGAUUUAUAGUUAGAUUUGAUGAUCUUAAAGGUCUUUUUCCAACCUAAAUGAUUCUAUGACUCUUGCAUUUCAAGACCAAGUUACAUUGGUGAAAAGCAUAUGAUCAACUUGGUCAAAUGCUAGAAUUGCAUUCUGUUUAAACAAGAUCUCUUUGGUUUUUUGGUCAUACUUCAGUCAUGUUCCCUUCCCCUUUCAGAGUCUUAGAAUUUUUCUGUUAGAAAAUAUUUGAUACUAAAUUUUUCUUGGAACUAUACAAUCUGAAAAUAAACUGUUUUGCCCAUUCCAGAGGGAGAAAACAUCUAUGCUUACUAUUGGGUAUAAUAUCCAUAGCAAUUUUUAACGGAGACGCUUCUAUUCAGACUGCCUACAUCUUUCCCAAGUAUCUGCUACUAAUAAAAUAUGAUUUGCAGUAUCUUGUUUGAAUACUUUUUUCUGUUAGUAAUCCUUGCUCUAACUUGUGGAAGCUGACCAAGGCUGUUGUACCUGCAAUUUCAUUAUCCUAAAUGAGGUCUUGAGAACUCUAAUAGUAAGUUUGUACUAGAAUAACCUAGAUUCAGAUGUGAACUUGAUGAGAUGCACUCAAAAAACCUGGAAUUAUUAAAAGUGGCAAGAUAAAUAUUUGAGGUUAUACAUUCUUAAUUAUGUAAAACAAAGAAUGCAGCUGAGAUGUUCUACACUUGUGGUUAGAGCAAAGAUUAAUAGAAGCAGAGGCUACUCAUUUGUGUUCUUGUGCUGCUAGAUCAUAGUGAGCUCUUAGUUUGGAACAACUGUAGCACAUGCUGUUCCAACUGUUUUAAUUGCAGUUUAACAGCCUGUUGUCUUUUUGAGGAAUGAAAAUAAUGUACAAAUGACUUGUCAUAUAAAUUGUAUUCUUUAAGCAGGAUGCCUACCACAGAGUUUUUUGCAGCCUGUUUAGGAAAACAGCUCUAACACCUGUUUGUAAAUUUAAAUAAAUUAAUUAUUUUAGUAUGAAAAUAUCCCAGCCUGUUCUAUACUACUAAAUUUUACCAAUAACAGUUACACUUGUUGGGGCAGCCUUUCACCCAUACAUCUGUCACUUUUGUGAGGAAAUAGACCUGUGUGUAAAAUUGCAUCACUUUUUGCAGUGAUAUAACAUAUCUCAGCAUGUGUGUGUCCACGCAAAAAUGUACGUGAGCAAGCAAUGUGGGAAAUUCCUGUUGCAAGACAACUGAAGGGAUGAGCCUAAAACAAGGUUUGCACCUGAGAGAGUGGCACAACUCUGUCUCGCUGAUACUUAGUUUGUUUGUGUUAAAAGCAAAACAAAUAAAUUAUAUUUUUGUUGUGCACGAGUGGAUGGUGACUGGAAGAAAGGUAAGAUUGUGCCCAUUUUUAAAAAGAUUAGAAAGGAUGACCCUGGGAACUACCGACCUGUCAGCCUCUCCUCUGUGCCUGGAAAGAUCAUGGAACAGCUCCUCCUAGAAGCUAUGCUAAAGUAAAUGGAGGACAGGGAGAUGAUUAAUGGCAGCCAGCAUGGCUUCACCAGGGGCAAGUCCUGUCUGACCGACUUGGUGGCUAACUGUGAUGGGGUAACCGCAGCAGUGGACAUGGGUAAACUGAUGGAUGUGAUCUGUUUGGACUUCUGUAAAGUCUUCGACACAUCCUUCUCUCUAAAUUGGAGAGAGAUGGAUUUGAUGGGUGGAUGGUGAGGUGGAUAAGAAACUGUUUGGAUGGUUGUAUUCAAAGAGUAGUGGUCAAUGGCUCAAAGUCCAGAUGGAGAUCUGUGACGAGGGGUGUCCCUCAGGGGUCCGUACUGGGACCGGUGCUGUUCACUAUCUUUAUCAAUGAUAUUGACAGCAAGAUUGAGUGCACCCUCAGCAAGCUUGCAGAUGACACCAGGCUGAGUGGUGUAGUUGCCACACCGGAAGGAUGGGAUGUCAUCCAGAGGGACCUGGACAGACUGGAGAAGUGGGCCUGUGUGAGCCUCAUGAGGUUCAACAAAACCAAGUGCAAGGUCCUACACCUGGGUUGGUGCAAUCCCUGUUUUCAGUACAUGAUGGGAGAUGAUGUGCUUGAGAGCAGCCCUGUGGAGAAGGAUUUGAAGGGUGCUGGUUGAUGAGAAGCUCAACAUGAGCUGGCAAUGUGCACUCGUAGCCCAGAAGGCCAAACGUGUCCUGGGCUGCAUCAAAAGAAGCUUGGCCAGCAGGUCGAGGGAUGUGAUUCUGCCCCUCUAUUCCUCUCUUGUGAGACCUCAUCUGGAAUACUGUGUCCAGUUCUGGAAUCCUCAACAUAAGAGGGAUAUGGAGCUGUUGGAACAGGUCCAGAGGAGGGCUACAAGGAUGGUCAGAGGGCUGGAGCACCUCCCAUAUGAGGACAGGCUGAGAGAGUUGGAGUUGCUCACCCUGGAGAAGGCUCCAGGGAGAUCUUAUGGCAGCCUUCCGGUACCUGAAGGGGUCUACAAGAAAGCUGGGGAGGGACUGUUUACAAACGCUUGUAGUGAUAGGAUAAGGGGCAAUGGGCAUAAACUGGAGACAGGCAGAUUUAGGCUAGACUUUAUGAAGAAUUUCUUCACUGUGAUAGUGGUGAGGCACUGGCACAGGUUGCCCAGGGAGGCUGUGGAUGCCCCAUCCCUGGAGGUGUUCAAGGCCAGGUUGGAUGGGGCCUUGGAUAGCCUGAUCUAGUGGGAUGUCCCUGCCUAUGGCAGGGGGUUGGAACUAGAUGAUCUUUAAGGUCUCUUCCAACCCUAACUAUUCUAUGAUUGUAUGGUGGAAGCAACAGGUUAUUUUUUCACAAGGAUGGAAUAGCACCUAUAUAAGAAGUGAUACAUCUGGUCUAACACCUCUCCAGAGAUGGUGUGUUACCAGUGGACUAGCAAGAGUCUUGCAUUGAUGCUUUUGGUCCUUGUUCUGUAAUAUUUGCCGUUUCUUUUUUGGAAAAGUCUGUCUACCUCUCCAGCUUCUGAGAGGAUAUGGGUACCUGUGUCUGAAGACGGGCUGAUAGCAAAUCCACAUGUUCUGGCUGUUCUGGGAGGGAGAACUCCUUUUCUCUGUGGCUAUUGAAAGGGAAAAUUAGUACAAACUUAGAUAUAAACCAGGAAAAAAAAAAAAAGCUGUGUGAUCGUAUCCAUUAGCUGGGGUUCAAAAAAACAAAACCAAACCCAACCCUAAUGCAGCACUGUCGAGACUAAAUAAAGGCCUGUCUAAUGUGAGCUGGCAUAAACUGCUCUGAGUACUCGCUAUUAUUGUGUCCUGCUGGCUGUGGUGCUGGGUUGGGAUCCAGCCUUUUUAAUCCACAGUGGUGUACUGGUGAACAGACAGAGCAGCUUCCAGUUAUGCUUCCCUGCUCUGACUGUGUUUAUUGCAGGAGACCAUGAGCCAGAUGCCAUGAAGAGCCAGGGUUUUGCUAAUACGCAAAUGGCACUGGGAAGAGAGCCUCGGAAACAGAAACUGGGUCUACUAAUGUAGAUUUGCAGGAUUUAAAUGUUUUGCAAGGAUAAACAUGUUUCCUCUUUCAUUCUCUGCCUGCUUCUUUGAAAAAUGGUUGCUCUAUCAGAACAGGAGAACUGACUUGAAAGUCCCCAAUAGUCUUUUGAAAGUGUUCAGCUGUUAAAGUCAAGUCAUUAAUAUAAACUGACAUCAAUAACCAAAGAUAAAAGGUCUUUAGGGUACUUGAAAUAAUCCUUGCAAAUUUUACUAGGCCUCAGAACUGAAGACUAAUAGAUUAAGCAUAAUAUUUGGCAUGAACUAUUGAAGUAUGUGAUCAUUACUGAUAGAACAAAGUAGUAGGAAAAGGAGUUUAGAAAAAAAGAACAGCUAUGCAGAUGCCAUACAGCAGCUUAAUCUUAUGAAAGCCAAAUGACCAAGAAACACCAGCUCUGAGAGAAAAACGAGCUGGGAUAUUUUUCAUGAGCAAAAAGAGAACUAGUCUGUUGAUGAACAGGAUAUAUUUUUUAUUAAUUUUAAAUUGAGAUAAGGUAAUAGAUUUGAAUACUUGGACCGUGUUUAUUUCAUAUUAGUCAUUAAAAUAGUGAGGGUAAAAAACUUGGCGUUGUGCAUUGAACCUGUGUUCAUCCAGAGAUUCCCAUUUGAAGAUACUCAAAAGCCUCCUUGAAACAUAGUCUCUAGGUGCAGAUAAAUUAGGUAAGGUUCUUCUGCCUUAAUACUUUAAUUCCUCUACGUGUUCCCUCAGAAGUUUUCUUAUAGCAUUAUUCCUGGACAUAAUUUUUAGAUCCCUGGCUUACAGUCUUAAGGAGGGUGUCACGGACCACGUGGCAGCUGCCCGUCUUAUCCAAGGCAUGCUUGUUGAAUUGAGCACAGCUUUCUCAUUGCUUUCUAGCAUGUUCUCAGCAAUGUCUCCAAGAAGAUACACUUAAAUCUCUCAGAGCUAUUUUUGAAUUGGGGUGCUGUUUGGCCUGCUGAGGUGGAAGACCUUUAGUAUACCUUUGAAGAGGUCCAUUUGUGCUGUUAGUGUGAUCAGGAUGGAAGCAGCUGGGACACAGCACGUCCUCUUACCCCUCAAACCUCACCAGACAAGGAUAAUAAUAUGCUUGUGAAACUGAGUUUAUCUUUUUUAACUAGACAAGUCUACUGAGGUAGAUUUGUAUGUAUAGUAUUUUGGUUUUAACUCCCUCUUUCUUUAAGUUCACUUUUUUGUUGUUUUGGAUGUUAAUAAAACUAGAUAUAAUAAAGCGGGGUUCCAUUCAAAACUGCCAUAUCCAUGAUAUGUGAUUCUCUCAGUUCUCAACCUCUUACUUCCUUUGCUCAUUGAGGUCUGGUGUCCUCACUAGAUACCACGUGGCUGUUGCUGGAGUUUCUUCCUCCAAUUUCUCCUUCCUUUGUGAAUUAGUCCCUGCAACUCCCUGCUUUCUUGAUUCGCUGUCCUUUAAAAUCUUGUUUUAAAGUAUCUAUUUUUCUCUUUCCCAUAUUCAGUCUCUUUGCUACUCUGCUGUAACUUCCUCUAAUAUAUAAACUUCUAAUAAAACACAUAACUCCUGUUGUUAUCAAAUUUUCUCAUUAAUCAUUAUUUGCUCCUGUUUAUGAAAAUGUUAUGCAAGUUUGUAGUGGGUUGACCCUGGCUGGACAGUAGGUGCCCACCAAGACACUCUCACUCCUCCUCCUUAACCAGACAGGGGAAGAAUAAAUACAAUGAAGGGCUUGUGGGUCAAAAUAAAGACAGCGAGAUUACUCACCAGUUACCGUCAGAGGCAAAACAGACUUAACUUGGGGAAAGUAAUUUAAUUUAUUGCUGAUCAAAAGCCAGAGUAGGGUAAUGACAAAUAAGAACAAAUUGCCUUCUCCCCAUCCGUUCCUUCUUCUCUGGCUCAACUUCAUUUCUCUGCACCACCAGCACAGGGAGACAGGGAUUGGGAGUUCUGGUCAAUUCAUCAUACGUUGUCCGCCACUCCUUCCUUCUCAGGAGGACUCUUCGCACUCUUCGCCUGCUCCCACAUCGAACCCCUCCCACAGGAGACAGUUCUCCAUGAACUUCUCCAGCGUGAUCCUCCCGACGGGCUGUAGUUCUUCAUGAACUGUGCCGUGGGUCCUUUUCAUGGGGUGCAGUCCUUCAGGAACAGACUGCUCCAGUAUGGAUCCCUCAUGGGGUCACAAGUCCUGCCAGCAAACCUGCUCCAACGCGGGCUCCUCUCUCCAAGGGUCCAUAGUGGCUGCAGUGCAGGCUUCCUAAGAGGUCACAGCCUCCUUCAAACAUCCACCUGCUCUGGUGUGGGAUCUUCCAUGGGCUGCAGGUGGAUAUCCGCUCCACCAUUAACCUUCAUGGGAUGCAGAGUAAUCUCUGCUUUCACUCCUCCUCCUCCUCCUCCUUCACCUUGGUGUCUGUAGAGUUGUUUCUGUUACCUCUCCUCACUCCUGUCUCCCAGAUGCUGUUGUGCAGCAUUUUUUCCCCCCUCUUCUUAACUAUGCAAUCACAGCAGUGCUGCUACCAUUGCUGAUGGGCUCAGCCUUGGCCAGCAGCGGAUCCAUUUCAGGAGCCAGCUGGCAUUGGCUCUAUCGGACACAGGGGAAGCUUCUGGCAUCUUCUCACAAAA